UGAUGUUUUGGUGCCAGUUUUUGAACAAAUAUGAGAAAUAUCUAAAACACGCGCGUUCUCGAUGCUCGAGCACGCGCCUCCUCAGUAACACAGCGACCCCGCCCCCUUACGUCCCCCGUUUUCCUUCCCGGGUUGCAUUCUGGGAACUCCAGUUUUUUUCUCUCGCUGUGUAAAGAUGGAUGGCGUGCAGCCGCCUCCCCUCCGCAGCCUGGAUGACUUCCUGCUCAGCUCGGCCCGGUUCGCGGUGCCGGACGUGCGGGACCUGGACCGCUGGAACAACCGGAUCAUCAACAACCUGCUGUACUACCAGAGCAACUACUUCCUGAGCGGGGUCCUGCUGCUGCUGCUGGUGGGGUACUUCCAGCCCCUCCAGCUGUUCGUCGGGGCGACCGUGGUCACCUUGUUGUUCUUCGGUUUCGUCUGGGCCGCUGAGAAUCAAGCUCCUAUUCGCCGUUUCCGUAGAAACCACCCGACCGUCGCUGUGUUGGCCAUCCUUCUGUGCAGCUACCUCUUCAUAUCGGUCCUGGGAGGCGUGGCCGUGUUCCUGUUCGGGAUAGCCUUCCCGAUACUGAUGGUUCUGGUCCACGCGUCCAUGCGGCUGCGCAGCCUGAAGAACAAACUGGAGAACAAACUGGAGAGCAUCGGGCUGAAGAGGACGCCCAUGGGACUCCUGUUAGAGGCUCUGGGACAGGAACAGGAGGCCGGGUCGUAGAGAGAGAGAGAGAAGGGGGGGGAGAGAGAGAGAGGUGAAGAGUAAAAACAUGAAAACGCAGUAAAAAUAAAGAGUCGGGAGCAGUGAGCAGGUUUGAUAAAAAGUUAAAUAUUGUGUUGUCCAAUGAGAAGAGAGGACAGAGAUGACAUCAUAACGAAGAAAUGAUAGAAUCCUCUAAACUUGCACUUUAAGCACAUUUAAUCUUUACUCUGACGUGAGACAUUUCUGUGUUUGCACUCCGUCCUUUAAGCGUGCAUCAAUGCAGCCAUAUUUACAUAUUUACAUAUUAACAUGUUCACGUACCGCCUUUAAGCUAACGUAUAAACAGUUUGCCAGCAGACGCUCCUUCAUUCUGCAGGUUAAAUCUCAGUUUGUUUGAAUGUGCUGUGUUUGAAGAGUAACAGCUGUUUGUGGUUUCUGUAAUCACGAGCCGAGCCGGGAACGAAACAACUUUUAACAGACGCACUCUGAUCACGUAAACGAUUUAAAGAGAGACGUGUUGAUGUCCGGUUCGGUUGAAGGAGGUGAAAGAAGAAGAAGAAGUGCAGUGCGGGGACGUUAAAGCAACUUGAACUUAUUUCAGUGACUUCAAAUGAAUUCCAUUCAGCGUGAUUUUUGUGUUUUGCUAAAAAAAAAAAAAAAAAAAAGACUCAAACGAAGGAGGUGAAGUGAGAAGAAAGUAGAGGCCCGGUGUCCACCUGGCGUUUGUUAAAGGCAGUGAAGUGCCGCUGUGCGCUUGAAAUGAGUGUCUGCACGUCCGUCCUGUCUCCAUGACAACAGUCUGUUGAUAAUGGCCGCUGUAUGACCGACACUCCUCCUUUACUUUUUACUGCAUGUUUUAUAUUUGAGGUCGUUUAUUUCGCUGAUCAGACGCAGAGCGAGGAGGAUGAGGGUACAAGACACGAUCUGUAGGCGGCUAAACUGCAGGAAUAUCAAACAUUUGGAAAAGAGCGCCUGUGACGUCAGCAGCACCUUUCUGAAAUUUGAACGAUUUUCAACUUGAGCGCUCGGAAAAAGACGCUGGGCGCUGCACUAACUCUCCAGAUGCUCUCUACUCAGAGAGAACAAUUUGAAAAAAGACGCUGGCGCUCAGAAAGUAACGCUAGGUGGACACGUCGCCUAAUCCAGUCUCAAAAAUGGGAUUAAAAUCCUUGUCUCCAGACUUCAACCGACACUUAACUAUUGUUAUAUUUAUGUCAUCUUAUUGUCUCCUGGUCUGACGGACGUCUGAUCCAUUAAGAAGUUAAAAUAAAGAGACUCCAGUGUUAGAAGAAAAUGUAUUAAACACUUUGUUGAGAAGGAUCUUCUUUUUUUAAGGUUUAUUUUUGGGCUUUUUGUUCCUUUAUGUAGAGAGAGGACAGUGAGUCAGAGAUCAGGGAGAGAGAGAGGGGGGGGCCACGUGCGGGGAAGCGGCUACAGGUCGGAUUCCAACCCAGUCCUCUGUGUGGAGGCACGCACUCUAACCACUAGGCUACCGGCGCCCUGAGAAGAAUUCUCUGAUGUUUAAAGCAAAUCAUUUUGUACUAGAAAAACAGAGUGAAGGUCUUUACUCUUUACAAAUUUAAAGCUAUUUAAUGCAUUAAAGCUGCCUUUGUUGUUUGACCGCAGAUUAUAAGGCUCAUUUUCAAGGUCACAUAUAAAAUCCACUUCUCCAUGUUUCUCUAACUUUAACAUGUGUCUCUAGUCCAUCUACAAAUCCCCCAAUGAUGAGAAAAGUCCAUCCUCUCCGUCUUUAGCCUGCUCCACUUUUCAGAAAAUGUGUGCUCAAACAGGCCGUUUGGAGAUUUUCCCUUGAUGACAUCACAAAGGGCAGUAGCCCCUCCCCCAGGUGGGUGACUCUCCCACAGCUAGGUGUUUGUUCUGCCCUCUGAGUCUGCCUUCUCACCAUAAACAAUAAGACAUGGACCGAGAAAGCCCGAGUACACCCAAGUCCUUCCAGAGAGGGGGCGUGGUCAGACACAGCUCAUUUACAUAUUUAAAGGUACAGACACAGAAACAGCCUGUUCUGAGCAGGGCUGAAAUAGAGGAGUUUAUAGAGACUUGAGACUUAUUUACACUGAAGAAGAGGAGGAGGAUAUGUGACCUUUAAAGCGAACAUAAAGAAGUGGAAAGCUGUUCUUAAAUUCUGUUAACCGACCUCUGCCUUCAGCAUUUGCUUUCUUUUUAAAUUUGCAUACCGGAGAGGACUUCCUGUUUAAUCUUUGUAAUCAGAAGUUUUAUUCCAUGAUGACACGCCUUCUUUACGUCAGGAUCGUUUAUGAACCAGCUUCUGUUGUUAUGGGUGCAUUUUUGAUGAUUUGUGAUAUUUUUGAGCCUUACUUUGUCAUCAGAGCCGUGCAGGAUCAAACGAUGACGCUGUCAUGUUUAUUUCUUGUUGUGUCUGUAAGCUUGAUAUUCUCCUCUGACUUGUAUUUAAGACAUUGAGCUGACGUCCUUAAAGCCGGAGCAUCCUGCUCUGGUCGGUCACUAAACGUUUUAACCCUUUACAUGCGCUCACUCUGAACGUUUAGUGUUGUCUUCCAUUCAGCUUCAUGUUUACAUUUUGUUUCAUGUAAGCCACAUCUCUUUGACUGUCUGCUGGUCAUCAAAUGUAUUUAAGUUUUAUAAAUAAAAUGCUGAACUGCCAA